CUAACAGCUUUCCCUCCCUUUGCAGCGAUAUCAGCCCGUUGCUGAAGGAUCCCGCAGCUUUCAGGGCUCUGAUUGACCUUCUGGAAGAUCAUUUGAGGGUAUCUCACCCCAAAAUCGACUUCAUUGCAGGUCUGGACUCCCGUGGCUUCCUCAUAGGCCCGCCUCUGGCUCAGAGACUGGGGGUUGGCUUCGUGCUGAUAAGGAAAAAGGGGAAGCUUCCCGGUCCAACCGAGUCCAUCUCCUACGUCCUUGAGUAUGGCAAGGCUGAACUCGAGAUCCAGAGCGAUGCCGUGGAAGCAGGACAGAAAGUUGUUAUUGUAGAUGACCUGCUUGCGACUGGAGGUACCAUGUACGCAGCCUGCGAGCUGGUGAAGAGGCUGAAGGCUGAAGUGCUGGAGUGUCUGGUGGUCAUAGAGUUAAAACUCCUCAAAGGGUCGGAAAAGCUCAAGUCCAUCCCUUUCUACUCUCUGCUGCAGUACGACUGA